GCACUCUUUUCAUACUACUUUGAAUGAGCGAAUCAUCUGUCACGUCAUUCAUGUUAUGUGUAGUCAAUAAAAACCAAAAUAAAACAUUUCUGCAACAUGUCCAACAGUAUUUGUACCGAAAUUGAAAAUGAUGAAUUCUAUCAACAUUUCCUCUCCGACAACGCCAACAUCGAAACGAGCAACAUAAAAAACUCCUCGGUUUCGUUCAACGAGCAAAUUAACCGUCUACAAAUUGGCAUCGAUAAAUUGCAUUCAGAACUACAUUCCCAAGUACGUCAACAGCACGGUGCAUUACUGUCACAGGCCAGUCAGGCUGGAAAAUUGAAUUAUGCAUUGAAUGCUGUCAACGAACAAAUUCAAGGGCUGCAAAAGGGAGCCGAAAAAUUGAAGUCCCAAGUCGAUGUUCCAUAUUCGUUGCUAGAGAAUCAAACCAAAGUGCUGGAGAGAUUGCACGAGACAUCUCACAAUUUACGCCAAAUUGGUCGUUUUCUGCAACUGCACCGUAAAUUGCAAUCGACUAAGUCAUCGUCGUCGCAGGCUACCUUGCUGUUUGAAUUGGAGCCGUUGGUCGAAAAUGCAGAUCUGAAUCGAAUCGAUUUCAUUCGAAACGAAAUGGCUCAGGUGAUGACGGCCAGGCAACGGUUAAACAAUUUCGCCAAUUCCGAGUUAAUAAACGGACUGAAGAAUGGCAAUGAAACUCAGGUCGUUGAAAGUUUGCAGAUAUUCUGCAAUUUAAACACUCUGUCCAAAUGCAUUUCGAACACAUUGACCACAUUCGUGAAUGACAUUAAACAUUCGAUAAAGGAAUGCUUUGCUGGCACUGAUGUUGCAUCCAGUCUGGGCUCGAAAAAACCGGUUAAAGACGUAAAGGAUAGCAAAGUGGCACCGCGAGGUCCGGGAAAGACUCCAACGCUAACGACUUCACAAAAUUUUCGGUCCAAACUGUGGGCGGCAUUGGAAUGGUUAUUCGAUGAAGAAAUAUUCGGCUAUUGCAAUCAGAUCAUUUCCCUUCAAAAGUGCUUUGCCAACAUUCAAACCAAUGAACUGAUUGUACACCACGAAACCGACAUCAAAAAGAGUUUCUGGAAAAAUUUGGAAGAUUUACUGAAAUCGUCAUUCAGUGACUGUCCCACUCAUAUUGGUCAGUGCUUGCAACAAGAUCUGCCGAAACUGUUAGCUUUUGCCAGAGGAUUAGAGGUGAAAUUUGGAACGCAAUUUUUGUUCAGCGACUCAGUUUUCGAGUCUUUGGAAACAGGUUAUUUGGAGAAGUGUGCUAUCAAUUUGAAAGCUCCAAUGGCUGGAACUGAUUGUCCAACUCAGGACGCUGUUGACAAUUUGAUCAGAGUUGCGUCGAAUGAACUCAGUGCGGCUAUGGUGGACAAUCGUUUGUGUUUGAUGGUGGCUGGUGUUUUCAAUGCAUGCAACACAGACUUUCUCACGAAAAUUGAGGCACAUGUAAAACUUGGCACGGACACGGUGGUUGUUGUUGAUAUUCCUAACGCUUCCCAGCUUCAGAACACCUCACUGGCUAACAUAGUCUAUCUCCACAAUGACGCCGUCCGCAAAAUGAUACAAAGUUUGGGUACGAAUUUCGUUAAUACAUCGGCUGCGGAAAAGAUCACCGACGAUCUAACAAAGGGCAAAAAUCUUAUUCUGGCAAUUAUGCAGCAAUUGAUUGAAUCAAUGCACUCGGCUGUGAAUAUAAUUCUGUUGAGUAUGCAUCGUGAGCCAGGACUGAACAGUGAAAGGCCAAUUAGUGCUGGUCCAUCAUUGUACAUGAAAGAAUUGCACGACUUCCUGUUACGAACAUGGAAUCUUCAUAUUUCACCAUUUGCUGACAAACAGAGUGUUGACAACUGUGGCAAAGAGUUGGCUGGACACUGCAUUGAACUAUUCGCACGGAAUGUGGCCAUCAUUCGGCCGAUUUCUGUAGCUGGACGAAAUCGUCUAAAGAACGAUUGUUUCCACUUGGAAGCCGCUAUCAAACCAAUGAUAAGUGAUCCGUCGACAUUGGGAAAACCUUAUCGGCUCCUACGGGCUUUGUCCAGUGUUCUUGUUCUAUCACCGGAGGAAUUAUCGAAUCAGCCAAUCGAAUCCGGUUCGCCAAUAUCGCCGUACAUCGUUCUGUAUUUGCUAUUCGGCUACGCGGACAGUGAUUUACAGAGUCCGCACACGUCCGCUGGUUGGACAAAUGAAAAAUUAUUGCAGUGGUUAGACGGACACACGUCUGAUAAAGAAAGAUUGGAGCUGGUUUCUGGAGCACUACAGAAAUAUCGUACAAUUGUUCGACAGAAAAGCAUCGCACAAUAUGAUCCCGUGUAUCCCAUAAUAUCAAAUUUUCUGGAAAAAUUCUAUCGAACGAUUGCAUCGUGAAUGAUUUUAGAAAUAGAAAUAAUUUUGAGACAAUUGUGAUUUGAUUCCUAUUGUUUUGUGAAUAAAGGCGAGUAAACGAAAUU